GUGUGAGAACCGCAGAGCGGCGGAGUUCGGAAUUUAUGGAUAUUUAUUCAUGAAAUUUCUUUUUGUUUUGUAGGUUCGGUCGAUGCACAAUCUAUUGGACUUGGAUAUGCCCAAAGACCUCCCACCAAUUAACGCAACUCUUCCAGUUAUCACAAUGUUAUGCUUAGGAUCACGGUUUUUGGACUAGAGGCAACUUUUAAUGGCAAAGAAUUUUUUUCAAAAAAGAAUUAAAAAAUCAAUUAGUAGGGCUAGUGGAGAAUCCUGAAUACCUUGAGGGGCCUUUGCUAUGGUAGAAGAAGAGUGCAGACGUUACAGACCGACCAAGAAUUACUUAGAACAUCUUCCACCCCUAAACAUAUCCUCGUUUGAAACCCAAAUCAUGCACAACGAGUUUGAGAGGCUACAAAACCGUCUACCGAUGGAAACCAUAUCGAUGAAACGUUACGAGCUUCCACCGCCUCCCAGUGGUAAAUUAAACGAGUUAAGUGCUUGGGCCGAAUGUGUCGAUAACUCCCAUGCUCAGCUCGAGCAUCAGGCCGUUCGAAUAUUGAAUUUACAGCUUAUGAUGGAGUAUUGUUGUCCAGCUUGGCAAAGAUACAUCCAAACCUUGCAGGACAUGGAGAAGAAAGCGUCGAAGAAACUGGCCACCCUGCGACAGGCCUUGCAAGAGGUCAAUUGGCAAAGGAAGUCACUUCAAACGAAAGGGGGGGAUCAGUUGAAAAGUCUCGAGGCGAAAUGGGUGGCUCUGGUGUCGCACAAUUACGAGAUCGAACAGGCCUGCGUGAUGGCCGAGGAGUACAUUCAGAGGGUUAAGCAAGAUCCUGAACUUAUAAAUACUCAGACUGUACCUAGUAAUUCUGUGCAGUAAAAACCGUGGGAUUGAUGUAAGAUAUGUAAUAUUCUAAUAAUUAGAACCUUAAAGCUUCAAAAUAGGAACUCUAUAAAAAAUAAAUUCAAUAUUAAGAACUCGUGAA